UGAAGAUGAAGCAGAUUUAAUAGCAAAAAGAGCCAUUGAAGCUUUAAAUGCUUCUAUUAGGCAAAAACUAAUUACUAUUAUUCAAAAACAAAAUUUUCCAAUUAAAAAAGAAGUAGAAAAACCAAGUAAUCAUAGUGAUAGUCAUGAAAAACCUCCUGUAAAGUCUGGACUUGAUUUACUUAGUAGAAUACAAGCUAGAAAAGAUCGUUUACUGGAGGCUAAUGAUAUAUUUAUUCCUGAUAAUAUGGUAAAUGAAGAAUAUUCAAAACAUGAAUCCUGGCCAACUAGUGUCAAGGAACAAAUGGCAAAAAAAACAAAGUAUUCAUCAUUAGCUGAAGAAAUUAAAAUGUUUUUUAUAUUUAAUGGUAACAUAUCAACAACACAACAAAUCGUUGCAAAUUUAAAAAAAAUUAGCCGUAAUGGAUGA